AAUUUGCAGACUACGAUGGCCGUCUCCGUGAGGCAAGCACGUGUUGCCUUCGCUCGUUUCUAUAAACACAGGCGAGCCGAGGUCAGCGGUUCCUUCUUAAUCAAAUCAUUUCCUCACCACUGUCGAUGCUCUUCGAAUAGUUCGACGACUGCUUGGCAAAAGCGUAGUAAGCAUGGAGAAAUAGAUGUGGACAUCGGGAUGAGGAAAUUAAAAAUAACUACGGGUAAAUAUGCCAGAUUUGCGGAUGGUGCUGCAGUGGUUGAGUUUGGUGGCACAGCAGUAUUAGUAACGGCGGUGUGCUCAGAAAAGCUCUCUUCUUCUGGAUUUAUGCCACUAACAGUGGAUUUCCGACAGAAAGCUGCAGCAGCCGGUCGUAUACCUACCAAUUAUUUACGAAGGGAAAUUGGUAGUACGCAACACGAGAUAUUAACAAGUAGAAUGAUAGAUCGUUCACUCCGACCAUUAUUUCCUCAAGGAUUUUGCAAUGAAACUCAGCUGAUGUGUAAUUUGCUGUCAGUUGAUGGUGAUAACAAUCCUGAUGUCCUUAGCAUUAAUGCAGCUUCUGCAGCUUUGAGUCUUUCAAGUAUUCCAUGGAAUGGACCAGUUGGUGCUGUUCGUGUUGGGUUAGUAAAUGAUGAAGUUAUUAUCAACCCCACCAGACGACAAAUUUCUGAAAGUACUCUCAAUCUGAUAGUAGCCUGUAUAGAUCAAUACAAAGUUGUGAUGCUGGAAUCAAGUUCUGACAAUAUUCUCCAACAGGAUUUAAUGCGUGCAAUAAAACGGGGUGUGAAAGAAACCCAGCUUAUUAUCCAAGCUAUUAAAGAUCUACAGAAGCACCACGGGUGUGAGAAGAGGCAAUUUACUCCACCAUCAGUGUUAGAAGAGGAUAUUUUAGAGGCCAUCAAAAGUUUGUCUAACCUACGGAUUAAAGAAGUUUUUCAAGAUUCCAGCCAUGACAAAAUAUCACGAGAUGAAGCUAUCAGUGUAAUUAGAAGUGAUGUUCUGGAGAAAGUGAAAGAAACAUACCCUGAUACUGAACAGGGUGCUCUGGUGCAGUCUUUUGGUGCUAUAUGCAAGGAGGUCUUUAGAAAUCAAAUUCUUGACACAAAUACAAGGUGUGAUGGCCGAGGUUUGACUGACGUCAGAGAUAUCCGUUGUCAAGUUAAUUUGUUUAAACCAUUGCAUGGAUCAGCUUUAUUUCAACGAGGUCAAACACAGGUGUUCUGUACUGUAGCUUUUGACUCUUUGGAAUCAGCCAUGAAAUUGGAUCCAGCUUCCGAUAUUAAAGAUAAGAACUUCAUGUUGCAUUAUGAGUUUCCACCAUAUGCCACGAAUGAUACUGGCCGGCUAUCUAGCAUUGGAAGACGAGAAAUUGGACAUGGUGACUUGGCUGAAAAAGGGUUGCAGGCUAUCAUACCGGAAGAAUACCCCUUUACCAUACGUCUUACCUCAGAAGUCUUGGAGUCAAAUGGUUCCUCUUCUAUGGCUUCUAUUUGUGGUGGCAGCCUUGCACUAAUGGAUGCCGGUGUACCAAUUAAGGAAGCCGUGGCUGGAGUCGCAAUGGGUCUUGUCACAAGGAUAAAUGAAGCAAAAUCCAAUGUGAUUGAAGAUUAUAGGAUCAUGACAGAUAUUCUGGGUAUUGAAGACUACAUGGGUGACAUGGACUUCAAGUUGGCUGGUACAAAGAAAGGAAUCACUGCUCUACAGGCUGAUAUUAAAGUUUCGGGCCUUCCUUUACAAAUCAUUGCUGAAGCGGUCCAGCAAGCAUUCAUUGCUAGGCAACAUAUUCUGAAAAUAAUGGACAGCACUCUUUCAAAACCAAGAGAAAAUGGCAGAAAUAACAGACCUGUGACUGAAAAAUUGGAAGUGCCAAUUGCAAACCGGAAUAAAUUCCUUGGUAUCGGUGGUUAUAAUCUGAAGAAACUACGCCACGUAACUGGUGUGACAAUCACACCGAUUGAUGAGACCACAUUCCAGAUCUUUGCUCCCAACCAAAGUGCUUUCGAGGAAGCCCAAGAAAUGAUUGAUAAUUACCUGAAAGAAGAAAGAGUUCCAGAGUUAGAAUUUGGUGCGAUAUACAAUGUGAAGAUCGUCGAAGUUCGUGAAAACGGUUUGAUGCUACAGUUUAAUCCGAAAAUGCAACCUGCAUUCCUUCAUGUUUCACAGCUUGACCAACGAAAGGUGAAUCAUCCGAGUGCACUCGGAAUGGAAGUUGGUCAGGAAAUAGCUGUGAAAUAUUUUGGACGUGACCCUGCUACCGGCCAGAUAAGAUUAUCACGAAAAGUUCUCUACUCCCCUGCCACAUCUGUUAUCAAAAAUCUAGGAUCAAAACCAUGAUUUCUUUUAAUUAUAAUAAA